AUGAUAACAUUUGGAGACACGUACCAGAAUGAAGAACUGCUGCUGGUGCUGUCCGGGGGCGGCGGGGCGGCGAGCCAGUCGCUGGCGGGGGCGGCGGCGCGGCUGCUGCGCGAGGCGCGCGAGUUCGCGGGGGCGCAGCCGGCGGACGCGGAGCCGCGCGCCGAGUACGACUUCGUGGUGGUGGGGGCGGGCUCUGCGGGGGCGGCGCUGGCGGCGCGGCUGUCGGAGCGGCCGGACAGCAGCGUGCUGCUGCUGGAGGCGGGCGGCGACGAGGCGCUGGUGCCGGGCGGCGUCCCGCUGCUGGCGCCGCUGCUGCAGCUCGGCCCGCAGGUGUGGCGACAACGCAGCCGCCCCGACGCCGCCGCCUGCCUCGGCUACGUGGGCCAGCAGUGCAACCUGCCCAGGGGCAAGGUGCUGGGCGGCUCCAGCAGCGUCAACUACAUGAUCCACACGCGCGGCAACCGGCGCGACUACGACGGCUGGGCCGCUCUGGGGAACCCCGGCUGGAGCUACGACGACCUCCUCCCCUACUUCCGCAAGCUGGAGAACGUCUCCGGCGUUCCAGACCUGGCGGCGGACGCUGAGUUCAGAGGCACGUCGGGCCCCGUCUCCGUGGAGCGGCCGUCCUUCCGCACGCCGCUGGCCACGGCGUGGGUGUCGGCCGCUCAGGAGCAGCUGCGGCUGCCGCUGGCCGACUACAACGCCGAGGACCAGGCCGCCGUCAGCUUCCUGCAGGGCACCACCCGCGACGGCACCAGGUGCAGCACGUCCAGGGCCUACCUGCUGCCGGCCAGGCACCGCCCUAACCUGCACGUCAGCAAGCGCUCCCUCGUCACCAAGGUCGUCAUCGACGGGACGACCCUGAGAGCGACCGGGGUGGAGUUCGAGCGCCACGGCCGGCGGCGCAGUGUGCGCGCGCGCCGCGAGGUGGUGCUGUCUGCGGGCGCCGUCAACACGCCGCAGCUGCUGAUGGUGAGCGGCGUGGGGCCGCGGCGGCACCUCGAGGCGCACGGCGUGCCCGUGCUGCGCGACCUGCCCGUCGGCCUCAACCUGCAGGACCACGUGACGCUGGGCGGGCUGACGUUCCUGGUGAACGCGACGGGCGACCUGCAGGACCGGCAGCUGCUGGCCAACGCCUCGGCCUACCUGGCCUUCCUGCGCCGCCACGGCGGGCCCUUCUCCACGCUGGGCGGCGCCGAGGCGGCCGCCUUCUACGACGCCGACGGCGACGGCUACCCGGACGUCGAGCUGCUGUUCGCCUCCGUCACCGAAAUGAACGCGGUGCUCAUCAGGAUCGCCUCGGGGCUGAGGGACGACGUGUACGACGCGGUGUUCCGGCCGUACGAGGGCCAGCACGGCUUCACCGUCGUGCCGUUCCCCCUGCGGCCUCGCAGCCGCGGCAGGGUGCGCCUCGCCUCGUCCGACCCACACCACCAGCCGGUGCUGGAGAUGGGCUACUUCAGCGACCCGCGUGACCUGCAGCUGGUGGUGGCGGGCAUCCGGGCGGCGGAGCGCGUGGCAGGGGGCGGCGCGCUGCGGCGGCUGGGGGCGCGCACCCUGCCGCUGGCGGUGCCCGCGUGCGCGCGCCUGCCCGCCGGCUCGGAAGCGCACUGGCGCUGCGCCGCGCGCCACCUCUCCUUCACCAUCUACCACCAGUGCUGCACGGCGGCCAUGGGGCCGCGAGGCGUCCUGGACGAGCGCCUGCGCGUGCGCGGCGUCGCGGCGCUGCGCGUCGUCGACGCCUCCGCCAUGCCGCUCAUCCCCUCCGGACACACCAACGUGCCGGUCAUCGCCCUGGCCGAGCGCGCCGCCGACCUCAUCCGGGAGGACCACCAGGGGGCCUAGCCGGCAGCAGGUCUGGGGCCGCUUCACCGACCACUGUGCGGCUCCUUCAGACACUUCUUUCGUCUCCUGUACUGUUUCAACCGACACAGACGACGUAUCGUCUGUGACAAUCGCACAGACGCCAAUAAUGCCACACGUCACACAUCGUCACACGAAGAUGACACGACGAUCUCUAUUACUUAGUGUAUUACAAAAUACAGUACACGAGGCGAAACAUUCUGGCAGAUUACAACUCUGUACCGGACGGAGACUCGCACUCGGGACCUUCGCCUCUCGCGGCAAGUGCUCUACCGAUUGAGCUACCGCAGCACGACUUACGAUUAGCGGUCACUCCUCUGCAGAGUGAAAAUUUUAAUCUGGAUACAUCGCCUCGGCUGUGGCUAAGCCGUGUAUCCGCAAAGGCAUUUCUUCCAGGAUUGCUAGUCGUGCAAAUUUCGCACGAGAGCUUCUCUACAAUUUGGAAGGUAGGAGACGAGGUACUAGCGGAAUUAGAGCUGUCAGUAUAGAUCGUGAGUCAUGCUCCGAUGGCUCCGUACAUAGAGCACUCGCCAGCGAGAGGCAAACGUUCCGAGUUAGAGUCUAGGUCCAGCAUACAGUUUUAAUCUACCAGCAAGUUUCAUAUCUGUACACAAUCUGUUUCAGAGUGAAAAUUUCAUUCUGGAAACGUUCCUCCGGCUGUGGCUAAGCCACGUCUCCGCAAUAUCCUUCCUUCCAGAGGUGCUACUCUUCCAAGUUUCCCAGCAGAGCUUCCGUGAAGUUUGAAUUUUGGAAAGCAAGAGAUGGGGUAUUGGCAGAAGUAAAGCCGUGAAGACGGAUGGUGCGUCAUGCUCCGGUGGCUCCGUAGGUAGAGCACUUUGCCCAGGAAAGGGAAAGGUUCCGGGUUCGAGCCUCGGUCCGGCACACGGUUUUAAACUGUCAGGAAGUUUCGUAUCAGCACACACUCCGCUGCACACUGAACAUUUCAUUCAGGAUUACACUAUAACAGGUGUUUGAGAACCGUUGUGACGCCAGUAACUGAUGUCCAGCCAACAUAUAACUGUUAUUCAAGGAAUAUUGACGGUAUUCAGACCAGUUAUAAAUCGUGUGAUUAUUGCCAAACAUGUCUCGGAAUAACAUUAUCCCAUUUUCAAGGGCUUAAUUUUUUUGUAAGCCACUACGCCUCGUCACAACAGUCGCAAACUGGACCCCGUCAACCAUGCAUGCACCUGCUUGUGAUGUUUUAUGUUUAUGGUUUGAGUUGAAAAUGCACGUGUCCAACUUGUUUCUAAGUUGUGAUGAGGCCUAAUGGCAUUAAGCACCUGAAAAUGGGAUAAUGUUGUUCCGAAACAUGUUUGGCAAUAAUCACACGAUUGACAACUGGACUGAAUACUCGCAACAUUGCAAUGAAGACACCGGCUUUUUGAUUACCAGGCUUUUUUUUAUUUUUUUUUAAAACAGCAAUCUUGUCCACUUCAAAGUAGUUCCCUCCGGCAGCUAUGCACCGGCGGAGUAGUCGUACCCAGUCUUGGUAGCAGCUGACAGAGCCUUCAGCAUGUCGAUGACAUUCUUUUGAAUGUUCUCCUGAGUCCCGAAAUGACGUCCUUCUGAGAGAUUUUUUAAUUUCGGGAAAAAGAAUAAAAUCACGGACUCAGAUCAGGUGAAUAGGAGGGCUGUGAAACAACAGUAAUGAGUUUUGAGGUCAAAAAUUCCAUGAUGGAAGUGGCCGUGUGACAUGGGGCGUUGUCAUGGUGCAGCAUCCACUCGUCUGCAAUGUCCAGUAUCACUUUAGUCACCCUUUUCUUGAGCCUUUCUAGGACAAUGUUUGUAAAUACCUUCGUUGACAUUUUGCCCUGGAGCAACACAUUCUUCAUGCACGACACGCCUACUGUCAAAAAACAAAUCAGCAUUGUUUUGAUGUUUGAUUUGCUCAAUCCAACUUUUUUUCGGUCGAGGAGAUGUCUCAGUGUGCCUGUCCUGACUCUGCAAAUUUGUCCAAGAAUCGUACUAAAAAAUCCAGGAUUCACCACCUGUGAUCUCCUUCGUGAUGAUUGGCAACCCUCUCAAGACUGUACUUGUGCUCAGUUGUGAGGUUUGUCGCCACAUAUUUGGCAUAAAUCUUGGUUCAAAAUUUGAUGUACGGUGGAAGCGCGAGUUUAACAGGUCACCCAUCAUCCUUAUUGUUAAACAUGGGUCUGAUCUCAAAACAGCAAGCACACGCUCAACGUUUUCGUUGGUUUUUGAAGCCGAAGAUCUCCCUGAGCGGGCCUUCCAAACAGGAUUUGUGACAGCGAAAAACUUGUGCUUUUGCAAGAAAUGUCCCCCACAGACCUGUUUCAACUUUUCAAAGGUCACACUCGUGGAUUUCCCAAGCAUACGAGAUGUUACAACGUUGGUCUAAAUUCCGCUGCUCCAUUUUAGUAACACACAACAAAAACGUGACUUCAUUGAUGGCGCUCUCAAAAAUAACGUGAUGGCCGUACGGAGCUGAUACUCGGACUGGGGGAUGAACAGAGCGGUCUGCAGAAGCAGAACACAGCGCUGCCAGAUCGCUCUCAGUGCUGUCAGUCUCAUUACUUUUCUUGCACACCUCAUACUGUGAUAAGUAUCGGGACACCAAUUAGUGGACAUUAAUAUCGGGUCUGUCCACACCUCACCUUUAUGACUGCUUGAACUCUGUUGGGUGUCUGGCUGCCUGUGCAGCAACGGUAACCCACUCUUCCUCAAGCGCCGGAACUGGAGAAGGUAGUGAUGUUGGACGCGGCUAAGGUCUGCAACGAAGUGGACAUUCUGACUGAUCCCAAAGCUGUUCCACUGGGUUCAAUUUGGGACUCUGGGUGGGCCAGUCCGUUCUAAGAAUGUUACUGUUCACAAGCGAGUGCCUCAAAGAUCUGCUUUGCGACAGUCCGCACUGUCAUACCGAUACAACCGUCGUGUCCCAGCUGUUCCUCCACUGAACGCAGUGCCUAAUGCUGGUGUAAAAUGUAUUAAUGUAGUCCUGCAUUUACCGCGUCAUUAAGCGCAGUAACGGGACCACACCCUAACCACGAAAAACGCCCCCGUAAACCGCACCACCACCUCCUCCGCACUUCACUGUUGGCACAACACAUGAUGGCAGAUAACGUUCUCCAGGUGUUCGCCAGGCCCAUGCCCUACCAUCAGAUUGCCACAUAUAGCGUGAUUCAAAAGUCCAGCCAGUCACUGUCCAGUCUCGCCGCUCUUUGCAUCAUCCCAAGUGCCGCCUAGCACUGAUCACACAAACGCUCACUACGGACAGUCACUGUCUUAGCUGAAGUACCGGCAGCACUUUGAAUCUCACAAAUGGCACCUUCCGCUCAUUACAAGUGAUUUUUUUUUACAACCGCCCUCCGCAUGAUCGGCGGCCUGUGUGCGCCAGUACAUGAGGCCUACGUGGUCUUGGUUUCGCUUUGGUCGUCCCUUUGCGUUUCCACUUCUCAGCCACAUCAACAACAGAUUUGGACAGCUUUAGAAGGGUUGAAAUUUCACUAAUGGAUCUGUUACUCAACAGUGACCCAAUGACUAGUCCACGUUCCAAGUGACCGGGCUACUUUUACCGACCCAGUCUGCUGCUGUUGCUUCUGUUUUAUAUUGACGUGUUCGGCUCUCGCGACAUAUAGUGAUCAAUUCCGCAUCACAUGGGACUGUGCGGAUGCUGUUGAUACAACCGUGUUUUAACAUUCGUGAUCUGGUACUAUACGCCGAAAGGCAUGCUCUGGGUCAGAUUUUGGAUGUUUUGGCAAGUUACUGAUAGCAACGGUUUUGUGGUAGUUAAGACUGUCUUAUGUUUAGGAAUCAACUACAGUGGAAGUAUGAACAGAAGAUGAUUGUUGCUCAAUCGAAACCGUUUAUCUAGUUGCUAUUCGGCUCUACUGCGACGAGGACUUUACAUUUUUUAACUGGUACCGCUACAUUUAUGUGGAGCAUAGAUUUUCCAAGAAAGAAAUGGUCUUUUACUGCCUAACAUUUCAUUUUAGAACUCUGAGAACAAUAAAUUGCACGAACGCAGCAUCAGUCACAUCAUAUGUCAGCAUAACUGCAGUGAAACUGCACAUUUUGUGCUCUAGCUCAUGUUCACGUUAUGCGGGUACAUCUCAGGUUAAGACUAAAAUCCGAACGGUAACACCCGAAAGCACCACUCUUUUUCCAUUGGACUCGCAUUCGGAAGGAAGACAAUUCAAAAUCGUGUCCGGCCAUUCUGAUUUAGGUUUUCCGUCAUUUCCCUUAAUCGAUUCACCCAAACGUCAAGAUGUUUUCUUUGAAAGGGCACGACCGACUUCUUUCCCAUCCAUCGCUAAUCCGAGCUUGCGCUCCGUCUGUAAUGACCUCAUUGUCAACGGGACGUUAAACACUGUCCCCCUCCCCCCCCCCUCCUCCUCGUUUGACACAUGACACACUCCACUUUCUCCAAGACUCACGUUAGCAAAAUUAACAGCAAAAUAUAUUAUUUAAAAUAAGUUAAAUUAUACCUUUUUAUAGCGAAAUUAUGAAACAUAUUUACUUGAUGAUAAUAAUAAUCCUUCCUUAUCCUCUUCAUCCAUUACACGUUUAAGUCACCACACUCAAUAUUUUUACAUA